AUGAUUUAAUUUAUUUGGCUUAUUUUUAAGAAAGUCAUAAAGAAAGUCUAAAAAAUAUAAUAAAAUAUUACACUUUUCAAAAAUUAAUUGAAAAAAAAAAUAGACUUUUUAAACCUACAAACAGAUAGGAAAGAAUAAAUGCAAAACUAAAACUAAUAAUCUCGAGCAUAAUAACCAAAUUAGAAUAAUAAAUUAAUAAAAAAUUAGUUAUUAGUAAAUAAUUGUAUCCUAGAUAGAGAAUAAAUAUCUGAUAGUAACAAUGAAUUUAAAUAAAACAGAUAAUAUUUAUUGAAUUCGAGAUAAACAUAAUAAUAAAAAAAGCAUGCCAGAAGAAAAUCAGAUAUUUUUUUAUUUGUAGGAGUUAACAGCUUGCUCAUGGAGAUUUUGUUUCAUAAAGAUUUUAAUUUACUGAAUAACAUUUAUUUCAAAAUUUUAAUUUUAAUAUUAUCAAAUUUCUCUACUUAUAUUUAUCUUUAUAAGAUCUAAAUAGCCUUAAGAAUUUUGAAAUAGUUUAAAUAAAAUUCAAAUUCUACCUUUAAAAAAUAACAAAAUUUAAUCAAAUAUGAGAAUAUCUUAAUUCUUUUAGGAAUUUCAGUAUUAAUUUGCCUUAUAUUUGUUAAUAUACAUUAAAUAAGAAAAAUAGAGAAGCUUAACAAAGAACUCCUUAAAUUGAAUGAAUUUUAUCAAUAUAAUUAAUUAACUUCUGAUAAUUAAAUUGAUAAUUUUUAUUUAUUACAGAGAGAAAAUAAUCUAAUUCUUAAAACAAUAAAAGAACUAUAUGAAAAUUAAUUGAAUUAAUUGGAAAAAUGUAGGCAAGUGCUUCAAAAUCACCAAAGACUUUCAGCUCUAAAUUAUGAAAAAAUUAAUUUAUAUUAAUAAACUGAAUUAAAAUAAUAAAUAGAAAUUAACUUAUAAGAAUUAGAAAAUAAGUAAAGAAACUUAACAAUACAUUUAAAAAAUCAAGAGUUGUUAUAAUUAGAAAAAUAAUAUGUUCCAAAUUACGUAAUAUGUCUUUGA